GGGAGGGAGGGAGGCUGGUUCUCGGUGCUAGUUCAUUAGAGCUGUGUUUGGAGGACUGCACUGAGAGUGGGCACUACGUCUGAACCUGACAGCUACACUUUGGUGAAUAGGUUAGAAGAUUCACAGAUCUGUGGGAAAGGGCCACGAAGACAGUAGUCUGAGGUUUGGAGUAUCUGACCGUAGAGAAGCCAGAGAGAGCACGAGUCCCUUUGAAGAUGACACCUGCCAGUUUGGUGUUAGCCUGGCUCCUGCUCGCUGUGAGGGCAGUCACCUCUGCUGUGUAUCUGGAGCCUGAGGAAGAGGGGUCAGGGGGACAGGGUUUGUUAAGCGUUGUCCCGCUGACCCCUUCUUCUCUUCUAGAGCUCAAUGAAACUGUCCUCUGCACCAAUGACCAGAUGGAGGUGGUCAUUCCCAGUGCCUUCUUCCUCAAUAAAUUGCCACCCAUUUAUGUCUGGGAUUUGCACCUAAAUGACCCAGAGUGCCGUGGUGUUGAGAUUGAAGAUGACUAUGUCUUCAGCAUCAAGACUAAUCUCUCUGACUGUGGGACGAUCAUGGCAUCGGAUGACACACAUAUUAUGUUCAUUAACACCAUACGCAACAACGAUUCGGAUGUCAUCACAAGGAACUACAUAAACAUCACGUUUGUCUGCCGCUACCCAAUAAACUACAUGGUCCAGCAACCUAAUGGGGAAAACAUGAUCAGGGUGGAUGUCAAGAUGAUCACUCUGAACACAGAAGAUGGGAACUUCUCUGUGUCCAUGUUGCUAUAUAAAGACAAGGACUUUGAGGACAAGUGGACCACUGUGCCCUCACUGACACUGGAUGACAACAUAUACGUUAAAGUUUUCAUGAUACCGGCUCAUCUUUUGCUGCGUGUGGAGAGAUGCUGGGCUACCCCAACCAACGACCCGUACAGCAACAUCCAGUACACCUUCAUUAAGGACAGCUGCCCCGUGUUGUCAAACGAACAGACGUUGACAGUGCUGAAGAAUGGACAGGGGCCAGAGGCUAUGUUCAGGAUACAAAUGUUCAAGUUUGUGGGCAGCUCUUACAAGGAUGUGUUUCUCCACUGCAAUGUUCAGAUCUGUCACAACACACCUGGGGUCUGUCAGCCUAACUGUUCUGUUGAGGAUAGCUCCAGGCGGAUGAGAAGAGAUGUUGCCAUGUCCCAUACAGUAUCUUAUGGACCAAUCAGGCGACGUCUGCCUGAGAGUGACCAACCCAGCCUGAACUCUGGAGGUGUGCUUUCGGUGGAGACGUUUGUCCUGGGAGGACUGCUGGUGGUCCUACUGCUGAUCACUGGAGUGUUCGGGAGGCUGUGGCUGAGAACCAGACACUCUUACCCAGCACAGGAGGCUGCUCAGCUCACUCUGUCCAAUAUACACCACAUCUCAGAGGUAGCCUCCUAAGAUAGCCGAGCAGACCAAUAGUCCGAGCUAUGAGAACAGAUGUCAAACGGUGCAUUCAUACAUAGAUCCACAAAGGCAGGCACACAAAUGCAAGCAAGCACAGGCAAGCAUACAGUGGUGUAGUGGAGUGUGUAUGCAAGUAUACGCCGUAUACACACUUAUUUUUCAGUGGGCAUUGCGUAUACUCACUUCUUAAUACCCACAAUGUGUAUUGAAGUAGUGUAGUGGAGGUAUACGCCGUAUCAAUUAAUAAGGCUGAUGGAACAGAUCAGAAUGUUUAGCUUAAAAUGUUGAUAAACUAUUAUUUCUUCCUAUUUUAGGCGCAGCAAUGUGUUCAAGGCUGUAGGAUAUACACUAAUGUUCCAAAAUGGAAUUUGCGGGAAAACGUUGUUCUAAAAUGCACACUGGGUUUCAUGGACAGAGAUGGAAAUAUCCGUUUUUAAAGAGGCAAGAUCUAAAGGUGCAACAACUAUCAUGGGUUGAUAAUAUGACUAGGAUAAUGCCUUUGGCUGCUAGACAAUGAAAGAAAGUUGAAAGAAAACCAAUAGAACAGGAGAAUGCAUAUGAGGAAGUCUUUAUAAAAUAAUUGCCUCCACAUUUCUAUGAUUUCAAACAAUUAAGGAACAGUAAAAAUAGAGCGACGCUAAUGAUAGGCCUAGACAUCUUCUGGUAGAUGAAAAGUCUUUCCCAAAAACCUUCCCAAUUAAAUGUUAACUAGCUACAAAGUAGCCAAUGCCUACCUGGCAGAAUGAUAUCAUGAUUAUUUGCAUUACUCCAGUGGCCAUUUGUUUUGCAACUCCAUCUCAUACAGAAACACAGCAAACAAAGCAGCAGUGCUAGGUGCCUGUUCACUUGAAUUAAAGGAUAACUACACUCAAAAAUACAAAUGUCAUAGAUUUUUCCCAAACCUCAAAAAGGGGUCUCUGGAUGUGGUUUAAGCAUUGUUAUGGACUUAGAACAUCCAAUUGUGUUUUUUUAUUUCGAAAAACUUACUUUGAGAGCAAAACCUUCUAUUAGCCUACUUGCACAGUACAGAUUGGGUUGGCCUGCUUGUUAAAGACCAAUAUGGGAUUUAUCAUAUUAGUCCAUUCAGUGUAUGUCACAAUUUCUCAUAGAAUUUUUCACACAGGGCGCCUUUCCUUCACGUUGUGGCCUUUUGGUAAAUUUCUGACAAACUUUGAGUAUACCUACUUCUCCAGUCACCACUACACUCACUUCAUGCAUGCACAUGCACCCCCACAAAUUAAAAUGUUGCAUAAGGAAAGAGGAAACCAUGAAUUUACUGUACUUUUGGGUGUAUAUAAAAUAUCAGUGUAGAAAUCAGGGAUUUUGAAGAUGUGGUAUAAAACUGAAAACAUCUCAGUCUGUAACAUAUGGGUUUUCAGUGUUUUUUGUAAAUAAAAAAAUAAAGGUUUUUCAAAGA